AUGGGUUUCAUACAAAACAUCAAUCACAAGGUCGCCGCGAGCCCGGUGGGCCGCUGGUUUCGGCUCGAAGGCUCGGGUCAUCCGAAGGAACGAAAGGGCUCGUUCUUCUUCACCGAGCUCCGCGCAGGCCUGGCUUGCUUCUUCGCCAUGGCUUACAUUAUCGCCGUUAAUGCGUCGAUCGUCGCGGAUAGUGGCGGCCCCUGUGUUUGCAACGGCGGCGCGGACGAUCCUAUUUGCGCGAAGAAUGAGGAGUACCUGAUGUGUACUCAGGCCGUUAAGCGAGAUGCCGUGACAGCGACCGCGGCCAUUUCUUCUCUUGCGACGUUUUGCAUGGGCCUUUUUGCCAAUCUGCCUGUUGGCUUGGCUCCUGGAAUGGGUCUCAAUGCCUACUUCACUUACACCGUCGUCGGCUUUCACGGAUCGGGGCCUGUACCUUUCCAGGUCGCUCUAACCGCCAUCUUCAUCGAGGGCUUCAUCUUCUUCGGUCUUGCCCUUCUUGGCAUGCGGCAGUGGCUUGCGCGGGCCAUUCCGCGCCCCAUCAAGCUCGCUACCAGUGCCGGUAUCGGUCUGUUCCUUACCCUGAUCGGCCUCACUUACAGCGAGGGAAUCGCCCUCAUCGUCGGCGCUUCGGCGACUCCGGUCGAACUUGCCGGCUGCUCCCCGGGGAACCGUCUCGAGGAUGGAACUUGUCCGAGCUGGGACAAGAUGCGAUAUCCCGCUAUGUGGGUCGGAAUCUUCUGCGGUGGUAUCUUUACGACCGUCUUGAUGAUCUACCGCGUUAAGGGAGCGGUUAUCGCUGGCAUUAUUCUUGUUAGCAUCAUCUCGUGGCCUAGGACGACUCCCGUCACGUAUUUCCCGUACACCGCCGUUGGCAAUGACGCCUUCGACUUCUUUAAGCAGGUUGUCGAUUUCCAUAAAAUCUCCAAGAUUCUAAACGUCCAGGAAUGGAACAUCUCCGGAUACGGCGGUCAGUUCGGUCUCGCUCUCAUCACCUUCCUCUACGUCGAUAUUCUCGAUUGCACCGGUACUCUCUACGGUAUGGCCCGUUUUGCCAACUUGAUUGACCCCGUCACCCAGGAUUUCGAGGGCUCCACCCUUGCUUACAUGGUCGAUGCCUUGAGCAUUUCCAUCGGUUCCGUCCUCGGUGUCCCCCCAGUCACGGCCUUCGUCGAAUCCGGUGCUGGUAUCUCCGAAGGUGGAAAGACGGGUCUCACUGCCAUGAUGACCGGAAUCUGCUUCUUCAUCUCCAUUUUCUUCGCUCCCAUUUUCGCCUCCAUCCCUCCCUGGGCUACCGGCUGCGUUCUUAUCCUCGUCGGAUCCAUGAUGGUCGGCGUAGUCACCGAGAUCAACUGGAAGUACCUGGGUGAUGGAGUCCCCGCCUUUGUGACCAUCGCCCUCAUGCCUUUCACGUACUCGAUCGCCGAUGGCCUUAUCGGCGGCAUUUGCACCUACAUUGUGUUGAACACCACUGUUUGGAUCAUCAAGGUGAUCUCCGGAGGCCGUAUCGUACCCCUCAACUAUGAUGAGCGUGAUGGCUGGACCUACCGGAUUCCUGGUGGCUUCUUCCCGCCUUGGACUCGGAGGCUUUUCAGUGGCAAAAAGGAUUUCUGGAGAGAGGAUACCCCUCCCCUUACAUCAGUCGCCGUGCAGAGUGACGCCGUAACGUCGGAUAGAGACGCUGGAUCGGAUAACGAGAAGAAUGGAGCGGCUGCUAAUCAAGCGCCCACGAAGGAAGCGUAA